GCCACCGCUCCCGCAGCUCGGGACCAACCCCCGGGGAACCAGUGGCACUGCAGAGCAGCAAGGGAGACACAAGAGUUCCUCUCCUCACCUAAACAAACUGCACUUGACACUGGUUAGAGAGAAAGUACCAGAGAACAGUGUGUGGCUUUUCAGCAGCAAUAUAGGAACUUCUCCGCUCAACUUUUCCAAGAGAAUUUUGGCCUUUUCAACUUCCCUGUAAAGCUUUAGGAUUAUACAAACCUAAAAAAUGAUCUUGAUGAAGGAGGUGAGGGGGAAGGCAGCCCUUCUCCAAGUAAGUGUUGGAGGAUUUCUCCUUGGCUGCUAAGGGUUUGUGUUGGGUAAAGAAAGGCUCCUAACAAACCAGCAUUCUUUUCCACAUGAUCAGAGCUAACCGGCCCCCCUGCAGGCAAAAUGACCAAUCAAAUCAGCUUCAGAGGAAAACCAGCCCCCCAGCACUAUAAACACAGGAAUGAGACAUACAAACCCAUUUUUAAAGGGUUUUGGUGGGUUUUUUUAAAUCUCUGCCAGCCACUUGUGGGAAGUUUCUUGCCAGUGGUGGGACCAAUACACCAGAGCAGCCCAGUCCCUCUCCUGGAGCCCAGGUUACCCCUUCCUCCUGCACACAACCCUUCAAAGACUGCCCAUGACAACGGACAGGAUGGAGAGCAACAACACCAAGGCCAGCGCUCCCCUGCUGGCCCAGCGGCACCAGCGCAUGGUGACCAAGGACGGGCACAGCACCCUGCAGCUGGACGGUGCCCGGGGCAGGGGCCUGGCCUAUCUCCGCGACGCCUGGGGAAUCCUCAUGGACAUGCGCUGGAGGUGGAUGAUGCUCGUCUUCGCCGCUUCCUUCGUCCUCCACUGGCUGGUCUUUGCAGUGCUCUGGUACCUGCUGGCUGAGAUGAACGGGGACCUGGAGCUGGACCACGAUGCUCCCCCUGACAACCACACUAUCUGCGUCAAGUACAUCACCAGCUUUACAGCUGCUUUCUCCUUCUCCCUGGAGACACAGCUCACGAUUGGUUACGGCACCAUGUUCCCGAGCGGGGACUGUCCCAGUGCCAUCGCACUGCUGGCAAUCCAGAUGGUCCUGGGGCUCAUGCUGGAAGCCUUCAUCACAGGUGCGUUCGUGGCCAAGAUCGCCCGCCCGAAGAACCGGGCAUUCUCCAUCCGCUUCACGCGCUCUGCCGUGGUGACACAUCCCGAGGGGAAGCCACAUCUCAUGUUCCAGGUGGCCAACACUCGCUCCAGCCCCCUGACCAGCGUCCAGAUCUCUGCUAUCCUAUACCAAGAGCAGGAGAACGGGCAGCUGCACCAAACGAGCGUCGACUUCCACCUCGACAGCGUUACUGCGGCCGAGUGUCCUUUCUUCAUCUUCCCGCUGACCUACUACCAUUCCAUCUCUCCAUCCAGCCCUCUGGCUGCCCUCCUCCAGAGAGAAGCUCCUCAUCACUUUGAGCUGGUCGUCUUCCUGUCAGCUGUGCAGGAGGGCACGGGAGAAACGUGUCAAAGGAGAACAUCCUACCUGCCCUCCGAGAUCCUGCUGUCCCACCGCUUCGCCCCCGUGCUGGCCCGCAGUGCCCAAGGCGAGUACCACAUCCAGAUGGAGAACUUUGACAAGACUAUUCCUGAGCUCCCGGCUGCAGCUGGCUCCAAGAGCCCCAGGAGGACUGACAAGGAGAUCCGCAUCAAUGGGCAGCAUGCCGACAGCUUCCAGCUCUCCGAGACUGGCCUCACAGAAUAGAGAGAACAGACUGUGGACUUGGGGCUUUUUUUAAUUAUUAUUACAUUAAACUUUCAGGUUCCAUUUACAACCUUCCCUCCUUGCCUGCCCUGCCAUCUUCUAGUGAUCCUUCUCUUGUACUUCCAUCCUUUUGAUUACAACAGUGACACAGUGAAGAGAACGAGAGUGCCCCGAGAGGCUGGAUGAGCCACCCAGGAUGAAGUCAGGUACAAGAACCACAGAACUAACAUCAGAAGAGCGACUUGCUGAAUUCCCCAGACUGUGAUUAAAGCCACACUGACCCCAAAAGGAGAGAUCUUCAAAACUCCCAAAGAUGACCAAAAUCAUACUUAAUCAGCUUGUGACAAAAUGGACAACAAUACAAAAGCAGAAAACAAUAUGGGGUCACUCAGUAAAUGCAUUAGUUCUGCUUUAAGUAACUCUGUUCAUCCAAGAUACCAGUUUUUCUGUUCUCCUAAGUCUUUGGGAAUACAGUUACAUCACUUUUCAGAGGGCUGAAUUCACUCUCAGAAAGCCCUGCCAAUCUCUCGUGGCAGUGAAAAGCACUCCUGCUGUGCUUAUUAAGCAAAACUGUAAAUACUAAGUGCAGUUCUUCAUUCUGCCAAGUAAAAGAACAUCUCGUUUCCAGACAGAUCUAUGAAGACACUAUCAAAAAAUCUUGAUAUAUAUGACAAAUGCUGCAGUGGAAAUUUUUUCGUAUUUGGAAACACUGAAUAAAUUAUUUAGCAGUGGCAAACAGACUAUUUUUAAUGAAUGAAUGUACUUUUUUUUAAAGACCCAUACAUUGCCCAUACUGUCACUGCUUGUCUGCAGUACAUCUGACCCAGAAGGAUGCACUAUAUCUAGGAGAAGUAGAACCACAUCCAUUUAUAUUUUAUGCUUUUUAACAUCAAUAUUUGCCUGUACACACAGCACAAAAAUAUUUAGAGACACUUGGAUCAAUUUUGAAAUAAAAAAUUAAAA